GUUCUCUACUUAUUUGAACUCUUGAGCCUCCAUUCUUUCACUUCAUCACCACCUUCUUUCCAUCCUGAGACUUGUCUUAGGUAGUCUGUCUUUCGCUGCUCCUUUUUUUACUCUUUCUGGCUGUGCCAUUCGAAAGACCAUUAUACCAUUCGCUUUUCAAACACACGUCACUUAGAACAACUCCGCAACCAUGCUCUUCAACCCUAUCCGAUCCCUCUUAAUCCUUGGAUCCAUUGGCGUGGCAUCAGCCGAUGUCUUCGCCGACAUCUUUGGCUACCACCAUGGCCCAGUCAUAGCUACCGCAAGCACGGGCUUCCCCACCGGCACUGCUAGCAGUGGCUUCGUGCCAAUCCCCGCAGCCACUGGCGUCAGGAAGCUCAAGGUCCGAUAUGACCUUGCACCGACUUCAGCACCCUUCGCCGUCCCAGAGCCAACUCCCGGUCGCGCCAGGCGUGAGCGUCGAGGAGCCCUCCUCACAACUGGCACUGGCACUGGCACCGCCAGCACAGCUGGCCCUACGGGAACUGGCUCACUCGGCCUUCCUUUCCCUUCCACCUUCGUCACCGCCCUGAGGCCUAUACCUGUCCCCACUGCCAUUGCCGAAAAACGAGAGGACGCGCCCAAGGAGUGGUGGAUGGAUACCCUGAAGCGAUGGAUCGACGGCGAUCAGGCUGGCCCGGAGAACUUGAGGAGAUGGGGCAACUUUGGCGCUCAUAUGUAGAGGGGCGUCAUGGCCAGCUGUGCUGUCUAGCCUCAGAAGGCUUCGCACCGAUACCAUAUGCAAUUGAUCAUUGCACAUAUUAACGGCCGUUGGGAUAGAGCAACCCGGCGCAUUUCUU